CAGGAAUGGCGACAAAUGGAUGCGUCCACAAGUCAAUUAAGUCGAUAAUGUGAUCCAGAUCCCGGGGCGUGGCUGUCGACACCAUGAUUUAGGUCGACUUUGUUCAUUAUCAUCAGGUCUUUCCGGCGAUUGAGAGAGCAUUCAUCUUCUUUUUUCACCAAGCGAAUAUUAUUCUUCCCUGGAAAAUUUAUGCGCUAUUGCCUCAAGGGGAUGCUGAAAUGCAUUCAUCCGUGGCGAGCCAUGGCCUGCUGGCGUCCAGUCAGCCUCUUCAUCAGCCACACCUAACCCUCGAUCCCUCUGCCGCAGCCACCGAACCUCCUCUUCACCAUUCCAUGUUACCUGUCCAGACUCAAACUCAAAUCCUCGCGCCUUCACCUGUUCGUCCUCUCGCCUCCAGAGUCGGCCCUCGAGCUCCAAGAAGUGAAGAACAACGUAUUGAAGAAGGUCGAUUACCACCAGUCAUGGAGCACCAAGAAAUGCCCAUCCAUCGCCCCAAUGGUUCAUCCUCUGGCUCCGACGAAGAUAUCACGCCUCCUUCCGGGUAUGCCUAUUCCAACCCGUCCUACGACACCUCGGACGGCACUGUAACCUACACACCCACUUCCUCCAUCUCUGCAUAUACUCCUUCUAGCAGUUUUUCAUCAAAUCUGCCAUCUUGGAAUUCCUACGGACCUAGACCAAGAGGUGGCAGUGGCGGUCCUCCUCCAUCAAACAUGGAUCGCUCUUUUUCAGGAGAACAACCUCCGCCGACUGACCUGCGUUCUUCGCGGCCAGUAGGCCCCUUGCGCACCCCGUCAAAUACCUAUGCUCCUCCUCGCCGCCCUCUACAAUUAUCCUCGUUAAACUCGAAACGCAUGCACUCGUCGCAGGCAAUGCGUAGCUCCAGAAGAGAUCCAAAUGCCCAAUACAAGGCGCAAGAGAAGGCUUAUGUUCAACGAAUGCGGCAACAACCUCCAGAUUGGCUGGAACAUGACCCUCGAACGCCCAGCAUUGGUUAUAGCACCGAUGAUGAAACCGACGAAGAAUCACCUUCCACCGACCACCCCUUUGAUGACCCCUAUGAUCCCGAGACAUUGAUGUUCUUGGGUAACGAAGAUAAUGUGCAACCAUCUGGAGAGGAAUUACAAAAUCCGCAGAACCGUGAGCGGCUCGAAUGGCAUUUGAUGCUUGCUUCCGUCCUCAAGGGCGACGUAGUCAGACAGGAGAAACAGCGUUUGAUCGGAACAACUGAACAGAAGACAAGGACAGAGAUUGGUUCAGAGAUCUGGAUUGGAGUCAGAGCCAAAUACUAUGGGCGGCCAUUACAGAUGCAGAAGAAAAUGAUCGAAGAGACCCGUUCCAACCUAGGCCCUACGAUUGAGAGUCUUAUUGCCUUCGAGAUCAAAGGCGAGACCGUGGUUGGGAAGUCGCCCAUGGAGCAAGUUGAGGAGGCUGUAUCCAAUAUCGAAAAGUGCGAAUGGGCAUAUUCCUCUAGAAGAGACCUGGGAGCAUCUCAGCCGCGGGCGGCAGCAGAUGCUUUUCGAGACAGCUGCAACGCCAUUUGUGCAUGGCACAAUAUCACUCAGUCAAUCAACACCGAGAUCGCAGUUUUACAGGCAUGGGUUGGGAAUCCAGAGCUUGACUUCACAAAACAGAAACGUCGUUCGAGUCACGACGGAGAUUUGUCUGAUGAGUCUUCAUUCAUCGAUCGAAUCCUGAAGGAAGAUGGGCUCAAGUCAUUGCAAGGCGACAAGAGUAUGUUCAAGGGCAUCGGCGAGGUCAUUACCAAGGCCAAAAGCACGCUAAUACAGAAUGCCGAAGCAUUUGCAGCUCGACAUCUGCCUCCUUAUAUUGAAGAAUUGUUGACUUUGAUCAAUUUUCCUUCGAGGUUAAUCCAGGAGAUCAUUCGCAGGCGUUUGUCAUAUGCGAGAAAGAUGAAGGAAUCAACGCAACAGUCGAUCAUGAUCAUAGACCAGAUGAUCUCACAGUUCCAGAUUUUGAUGCGUCUUGCUUGUCUGAUUAAGCGGCAAUAUCUUGCAAUUUCGCACCCAGAGCCCGGAUGGGAUUUGCCACCAUGCAUCGACGAGGCAUUCGACUCGGGCAUUGUUGAAGCCCUGAAGUUCUACUUCAAAAUGCUGAAUUGGAAAUUGGGUGCCAACAAAAACACUUUCCGUGAAGCAGAAAUUCUCGAACAGGAGUGGGGCUUCUCGAACGAGAUCGGACGGCAGCUCGAAAGCGGUGAUAUUGAGGUUGCAGAACAAUUUAGCUCCCUGACAGCAAAGUCGCUCCUUCGGUUAACCGCUUCAUUCGAGCGGGAACUGCGAUCCAAGCCUGACGAGACGACUCAAGAAAUGGAAAAACGAUACAAGGCGAUCCUCGAUUCGGUGCGUGUCCGGCAACGAAAGCUGUUUCGAUUUUCACGAAUUCUAAGGCAACGCUUCGAGAAUGCAACCGAAUUCAACCUAUCCAUGGACGGAGAACAGAUGCUGGGCUUCACGGAGUCACUUAUCAUGUCUGGUCACUUUCUCGUGGACAUGGGUCCGAGCAGUCCGAAAGGAGUACAUUUCAUUGCUUCUCCUUCGUUGUGGAACAGGCCCAAGGAAAUACAGUCAAUACUGGGCACAUCUUUCCACGCAGACGAUGCACCGGAAGACCCCUCGAACCCGUAUAUCUUGGUGAUGAGGCCAGAAGACGACAUGAUUUGGGAAGGACAACGUAUGGACGUCGACGUCCUGGAACUCCCCAACGAUGUCAGACUGGGCCGCCUUCGACUGGUCGCGGACGGCUCAUCUCUUCGUCUUCAAGGUGCUCGGAUGGAAUUUGCCAAUGCGAUUGGUCGAGAGCUUGACGUUGUUAUUGAGCAACGAGCCAACCUGUCGCGGGUCAAUAUGGAGCUCGGCAAGAUCAAAAAGACAACCUUUAAACUGUCAAACACCAUCAUGGAGAGUGUCGAAGUUGUGCGAUCUCAAAACGGCGGAAUUGCAAGUCCCGAGCUGGUUCAGUCAUGUUUUGCUUUUGCCACAGAAUUCGGGAAGAGGUCCUUGACAUAUAUGGAUGCGAACCGCAGAAUGAUGAACAACUUGAAGCUUACCAGGUUGGCGUUGGAUUGGAUCAGUUUCAUCUGUGAUGACUGCGAUGCUGCUGAUCGGAGGACAUUCAAAUGGGCUGUUGUCGCGUUGGAGUUCGCCAUGGCCAUGACUCGCGGACGGAACAUUCUGGACAUCAGUGAAGAAGAUUACAGACGGAUCAGGCUGAAGGUCGCUGGCUGCAUGUCAGUCCUCAUCUCACACUUCGAUAUCAUGGGCGCCAGAUCGACGUUAGCAGCACAACAGGAGAAGUCAAGGAUGGAAGCUCUCAGCGGUAUGAACAAGCGGCUGGACUUCAACAAGCUACGGAAUGACGAAGAUUGCCGCAAAGAAAUGUGUGUGGAAAGGUUGGCACAGUUGAAUGCGAUUGACCAGACACGAGAAGAGCGUGGCACCAAGACGUCUCUCGGGCGUGUGUUGGAGGGUUCGAACGAGGCCGAUCGAUCGCUUACUUUCCUGUCUGCAUCCGCGACGAACAUCACCAUGAGAUGGCAACAAGGGCAAUUCGUGGGUGGUGGAACGUUCGGUUCCGUCUAUGCUGCACUCAAUCUCGACACUGGUACUUUGAUGGCUGUCAAGGAGAUCCGUCUACAAGAUCCGCAACUGAUACCGACCAUUGUCAAACAAAUCGGCGAUGAGAUGGGUGUUUUGGCUGUUCUCGAUCAUCCCAAUAUCGUGUCGUACUACGGUAUUGAGGUGCAUCGAGACAAGGUGUACAUCUUCAUGGAGUACUGCUCUGGAGGUUCGGUCGCGGGACUGCUGGAGCAUGGCCGCAUAGAAGACGAGACAGUGAUCAUGGUCUACGCCCUGCAGAUGCUGGAAGGUCUUGCAUACCUCCAUUCGGCACACAUUGUUCACCGAGACAUCAAACCCGAGAACGUCCUCCUCGAUCAUAAUGGCGUCAUCAAAUAUGUCGAUUUUGGCGCUGCGAAGAUCAUCGCGCGUCAAGGGCAGACCAUCAUGGCUGCAGAGCAACCCGCAAAACGGGUUCCAGGUGACGGUCCACAUGGUCCGAACAACGCAGCAGUCGCCCGACAACCACAGAAGACGAUGACGGGAACCCCUAUGUACAUGUCUCCUGAGGUCAUUCGAGGCGAUGGGCCAGCAACCUCUCGAUUUUCUGGAGCUGCUGACAUCUGGUCACUUGGCUGCGUGAUACUCGAGAUGGCCACAGGGCGCCGUCCUUGGUCGACAUUGGACAACGAGUGGGCCAUCAUGUACAACAUUGCACAGGGCAAUCCGCCGCAAAUGCCCACUGAAGAUCAAUUCAGCGACAUGGGUAUUGACUUCUUGAAGAAGUGUUUCGAGCGGGAUCCUGCUAAGAGGAGUACAGCAGCUGAACUGCUACAGCAUCCGUGGAUUGUCGAAAUUCGGAAGUUGGUGGUGGAUGAUGCUGAUGCUCAAACCCCCAGAAGCGACUCUAGUGGAGGAGUAUCUUUGGUCAGUCGACAGAACUCUUCGACAAUGUGAGACAUGCAAGUUCUAUCGGGAAGGCGACCUAAAUAUAGCAAGAGCCAUGGUGUUCUACCCUUUGACAACGCAGUCAGGCAAUUCUGCUGGCUACACGUAUAU